AAAAAACCAAUACGUAGAUCCUUUCCCUUUUUUAAUAAGUUUUCCUCCUUUAUUCUUAUUUUGUUCUCUUAGUUUAAAAUGAAAAAGAUCAGCUUGAUAAUGUUAAAAAAAUUAUCUAUAUACCUUAUAAUAGUCAUGGUUGUCAUUAUAACAUGGACUCAAUUCGAUUUAAUCAUUAAUCUGAAAAAAGACAAUUCUAGUAAUAACACACUAUUUGCAGAGACUAGUUUUGUCAAGUUUUCACAACAAUCAAGCGAAGUUGACCCAGCUACUUGGCUUAUCCAAACAAUAGAAAAUGAGUCAGUUUUGAAACAACCCAGUAUUUUCCCUCCUUAUAUGGUCUUUUCCGCCGAUAGUUAUCCACCUGUUACAGCCAUUGUUAAUCGAAUAGAUGACAGUGAUGAAGGCAUCAUUCAGAGUAUACAACAUUUAUUAAAAUAUCCAUUUUUUAAAGAAAUUUUUAUUUAUAACCAAGUGAAAACAAGGCGACUAUCAUUAAAACUAUUAUAUUCAAAUAUUACAAAAUCUAGUCAUUCUGAUUAUAAAGAUAUUCCAAUUCAUAUUAUUGAAGAUACAAAUACAAAGGUAUCUAAUAGCAGUAUGAUGGGGAAGUUUAGAGCAUGCGAAAUUGGAAGCUAUGAUAAAUGCUAUUUUCAAGAUGAUCUAUGGUUAAAUCCUUAUCUUGAUAGUUUAUACACGCAUUCAUACAGAUAUCCUGAACAUCUUAUAGUGAAUACAAGACCGGUUAAUUAUAUUGAUUAUAUAAAGUGGAGAUUUGAGAAUAAAAAUAUUUCGUUACAUACGGGCUAUACAAAUUUACGUUAUGGAGGAUUUAUUCCUCGACAUAAAGUACAACGGUUUUCAAGUCACCUCCUACGUAAUCAAAAGAGAUUUGAAUCCUUGAAUGCAGACUUUGUUGAAAUUUAUUUUUCAAUUUGGUUGAAUCAACAUCCUUAUCUGAUCUUUAACCCAUUAUUAUCUUCAGGACGCGAUAGUUUCAAGGACAUUGAUACGAUUAAUAAUAGGGCAUCUAUUGAAUAUUUCAUGUAUGAUGCCCUUUCAAUGUUAGAAACAUUCUUAAAAAAUGACAGUUUAUUAUUUGAAAAGAAAGAAUUAUUACCAUCUGUAGAAGAAAGAGAUGUGAGAUCAAGCUGUGCAAAUGAUAAAUGCUUAUUUAUUACAAACAUUGACCCUAUGCCGCCGAAUAGAAUGAAUGAAAAUUAUCUUCAAUUUAAUUCAGAAUUUAUAAAAAAUUUGAGUCAAUAUGAAACUCUUUAUCAAGAUCAAUUUAAUCGUUCUAUUCCAAGUAAAUCAUCCUAUUUACAUUCAUCUUAUCAUAAAGCAGUAGAUCAAGAUACAGAAACAUGCUGGAGUUCAGUUCAUUAUCCUAAAAAAGGAGAUUAUUUUGGUUUAUAUAUGACAGGAAAUAUUAUAGCCAAAAGAGUGAUGUUAUAUACGAAUACUUUUGAAGAGGAUGAACGACUGGAUGAAUUGUUUAAAAUAUCAGUUCAAUUUGUACCUUUUGGCCCUUGGAUAGACUGUGACAUUAAAUUGACUCCAUUGACUCAAUUAAGUUAUCGUAUUGGUUUUGAUUUUGACUGUUUGUCUUUUCAAGAACCUUUUAAAUCUAUUCGAAUCUAUUUUAAAAAGGAUUUAAACAAGGCCAUCGAUUUAUGUGGUAUAGGCUUAGAUAAUUUUGUUGUGUAAAAUAAUAAUAAUAAUAAUAUGUGAAUAGCCAAUCAAAUUUAGUUUAUG